AUGAGAAGGUCUCCGCAAUUUGACCUGCGGACGCAUCGCCGCUCUAGGCCGCCGCGUCAGAGGAAGGGUGGGGGGAUGGAGGGGGAGGGAUCCCUUCCCGGAGUUUGGGCGACCAGAAGGGCCUCAACGAGAGCCCCGCUCACAAACCCGACACGCCGCGCUUCAGGAGCUGGAGUAGUCUCCGUGGACAAGCGAAGCGACGUGAGUCAGACGCUCUUCUCGUUGGUGAAGACCCAUAACGAUGACUACACCGCUGACCCCGACGGCCUGCUGGCCCUAAACGGGGGGGACGAAGACGACGGUGAGGAAGCGCCGUUGGACCAGUCCACGUUCUUCCAAAAGCAGUUCGGAGCCAUGCUGCAGCCCGGCGUCAACAAGUUCUCCUUGCGGAUGUUCGGCAGCCACAAGGGUGUCGCUGCAGAGCAGGCCAGGGUCAGGUCUUUUGGGGUGUGGAUCAUCCAUCCUUACAGUGACUUCAGGUUCUACUGGGACCUCUUGAUGCUCAUACUAAUGAUGAGCAACCUAGUAAUCUUGCCCUGGGGCAUCACCUUCUUCGAGGACCAGAACACUAUCCCGUGGAUCACCUUCAACAUGUUAUCCGACACGCUUUUCCUCAUGGACCUGGUCUUCAACUUCCGCACGGGCAUCCAGGGCGAGGAUAGCCACAUUGUGCUGGACCCCAAGUGCAUCCGCCUGCACUACUUGCGCUCCUGGUUCUUAGUGGACUUCAUCUCGUCCAUCCCGGUGGACUACAUCUUCUUGGUGGUGGACCUGGAGUCUUUUCAGGACUCUACGGACGUGUACCGGACUGCCCGGGCGCUGCGAAUCGUGCGAUUCACCAAGAUUCUCAGCCUGCUGCGACUCUUGCGCUUAUCCCGCCUCAUUCGCUACAUCCACCAGUGGGAGGAGAUGUUCAACAUGACGUACGACCUAGCCAGCGCGGUGGUACGCAUCGUCAACUUGAUCGGAAUGAUGCUACUGCUGUGCCACUGGGACGGCUGCUUGACCUUCAUGGUCCCAAUGCUGCAAGACUUCCCCGCAGACUGCUGGGUGUCUAAAAACAACAUGGUGAAUGCCACAUGGCACAUCCAGUACUCGUACGCUCUGUUCAUGGCCAUGAGCCACAUGCUAUGCAUCGGGUACGGCGCCCACCCUCCGGAGGGCAUGAGCGACGUGUGGCUCACCAUGAUUAGUAUGGUGGUUGGCGCCACCUGCUACGCCAUGUUCCUAGGCCACGCCACCAACCUGGUGCAGUCUUUGGAUGCCUCGCAUCGCCAGUAUCAGGAGAAGUACAAGCAAGUAGAGCAGUACAUGUCCUUCCACAAGCUGCCUUCAGAUGUCAGACAGAGGAUCCAUGACUAUUAUGAGCAGAGAUUCCAAGGCAAGAUGUUUGAUGAGGACAGCAUUCUGGGAGAGCUGAGUGAUCCUUUGAAAGAGGAAAUAGUCAGCUACAACUGCCGCGGUCUGGUAGCCAACAUGCCCCUCUUCGCAAACACCGACCCCCACUUCGUGACCGUGAUACUCACCAAACUGCGCUUCGAGGUCUUCCAGCCCGGUGACUACAUCAUACGGGAGGGAACGCUCGGUCGGAAAAUGUACUUUAUCCAGCACGGCACCGUCGUGGUCACCCCGCGAGGCAGCAAGGAUGUCAGACUUAGCGACGGGGCCUAUUUUGGGGAGAUCUGCCUGCUGACACAAGGUCGACGCACAGCAAGCGUGUUGGCCGAGACGUAUUGUCGUCUUUAUUCGCUUAGUGUUGACAGCUUUAACGAAGUGCUGGAAGAGCACCCGCUCAUGAGGAGGGCCUUUGAGUGCGUGGCCGUGGACCGACUGGGUCGGGUCGCCAGAAGGCCCAGCCAUCAGCCUACCUCAACUAAUGAACCGGUCUCUUCCCUCUGA